AACCGAGAAGUGGCCGGUGUGAAUUUACGCUGGCGACCUCCUGACGACCCCUUGAUUCCGGGCACAGCAGCAACCUGCACCCCGCCAUGAAUUCCAAGCCGGCUCCCGAAGGGCUGCCGGGACGGCAUGAAGCGGGUUUCGUGGGAGAGCCCCCGAGACCGAAAUCAAAAAGAGAAGAAAAACAUGAGACAACACGGAGGUAUGAGGUCCACGCGCAGGUCGCAGCUGCCCAAGUCGGCGAUAUCCUCAGGGUGCUGCUUCUUUUCCGGUUCAUCAAUGCUCUCUGCGUGCGCACCUUCUUCCAGCCAGAUGAGUACUUUCAGGCUCUCGAGCCGGCAUGGCGCGUUGCGUUUGGAGCCGAUAGCGGCGCAUGGCUAACCUGGGAAUGGCAACACCAGCUCAGAUCGUCAUUGCACCCAGCCAUCUUCGGCCUGGCUUACAAGGCCGCCGAAAGUCUCAUGAGCUCGCUGAGCUUGUUCCCGCCGUUCAAAGCUCUGAUGCUUGUGGCCUUACCUAGGACACUGCAGGCCGUGUUUGCCGCGCUGGCCGACUUCUACACAUGGAAGCUGGCCAUGGAUAUCUACGGGAGACAGAGCAAUGCUCCGUGGGCCGCACUCUGGAUGACGGUGCUUAACCCCUGGCAGUGGUAUUGCUCCACCAGGACCUUCUCCAACUCACUGGAGACGACCCUGACAAUAGCUGCGCUGUGCUACUGGCCCUGGGAGGUCUUGAUUGAUACGAAAGCGAGCAGGAGCCAGCCGUUGCAGCAAGAAGGAAGGCUCUCUAGUCUCCGUAUAUCCCUUGUGCUCGCAGCCGUCGCCGUGUUGUUGCGGCCGACUAAUCUGCUUAUAUGGCUCGUUGUCUCCGGCCUUUCACUUAUACGGCUGACCCCCCUUGGAAACUCGCCCCUGCAGACGUCAACCAUCGUUAUUCUGCUCCGUGAGAGCAUCAUUUGUGGAGCGACGGUUCUCGCAGUUUCUCUGAUCUCAGACCGCUUGUAUUUUGGCUUCUGGACGUUCCCGCCCUACAAGUGGUUCUAUUUCAACAUCUCGCAGUCCCUUGCCGUCUUCUACGGCCGCAUGCCUUGGCAUUACUAUGUCUCCCAAGGCGUGCCCCUUCUCACCACCACAUUCCUCCCAUUCACCAUUGUCGGCCUCUACAAAGCGACCUCUUCAACCAACACCCUCCAAUCACGAAUUCUCAAGACGCUCAACCUCUCCGUCCUGACCAUGAUCACCAUUCUGUCGUUCAUCUCCCACAAAGAGGUCCGCUUCAUCUAUCCCCUCCUCCCGAUGCUGCACAUCCUCUCGGCGCCUUACUUUACGGCCUUCUUCACUCAGCCCGCCUCUUCCUCCGCCGCGCCAUCGUCCGAUGGCCCGGUCAGCCUUCGCCGCAAAUUAACCCUCGCCAAUCUCAUUUCCCUCAAUAUUCUCCUCGCCGGCUACCUCUCUCUGUUCCACCAGCCCGCGCCUCUCUCAGUCCUCUCCUUCCUCCGGACCGAAUUUGAGCGCAUCCACCCGGACGCCUUGGACAUCGAUGUUCCGGCCUCCCCACAAGGAGGGAAAGGUGAGAAGGAGCUCUUUGCCCUCUUUCUCACCCCCUGCCACAGCACACCGUGGCGUUCGCACCUUGUCUACCCGGCCUUGCGGGCCCGCGCGCUCACCUGCGAACCGCCGCUGCAUAUCGCCCGGGGGACCAAGGAACGGGAGACUUACCUGGAUGAGGCGGACCGUUUCUACCUGAAGGAUGCGGAUGGGAUGUACGGGGUGAGGUUUCUAGGUGAGGAGAUGUGGCCACUCGCGGCUGGAAACGAGAGCACAGGAACAGCGAAGAGAAGGGUUGGGGAGGUACCGAGGUACAUCGUGGGGUUUGAGGGAAUCGAGCCUGUGUUGAGGGCGUUCUUUGAGCACGGUAACGACGGGAAGGAGGCGCCGGGGAAGGAGAUGGGGGUCACCCUCACGAGGGUGUGGUCGGCAUGGAACGGGGCGUUUAACGAGGACUGGCGAAGGAGGGGUCGCUUGGUGGUUUGGGAUACGGGACUUUAUCAAGGCUCCCGUGGAGAAGAGAACAGAGAGGAGGAGGGCAGGGUUGUUGAUGAGCUCUGAAAGGGAGGCUACGUGAGGCAGGGAGUGUAUAACAUUAAUCGAAUUGUAAGAUAAUGCAAUUAAAACCGAGACUGCGGUAAUUUCGAAAGCCAAGUCGGCUUUGAUUGAAAAAAGCCUGGCAAAGGUAGAUUUGGGUAUUUUUUUCUCUGUUUGUUUGACUGCCUG